GUGGCGGCGGCGGUGGAGGUGGAUCCAUCCUGGCGCUUCCCGAGCCGCAACAUCCGGGACGCCUACAUCGCGCUGCAGACCUGGAAGCGCUACGCCAUCUUCUCCGACCCUUACGACCUCACCGCCGACUGGGCCGGCCCGGCGGUCUGCAACUACACGGGCGUCUACUGCGCGCCGCUCCCCACCUCCCCGCGCACCCUCGCCGUCGCCGGCCUCGACCUCAACCACGGCGACAUCGCGGGGUACCUGCCCCCCGAGCUCGGCCUGCUCGCCGACCUCGCGCUGCUCCACCUCAACUCCAACCGCCUCUGCGGCGUGCUCCCGCGCACGCUGCGCCGCCUCCGCCUCCUCCACGAGCUCGACCUCAGCAACAACCGCCUCGUCGGCAAGUUCCCCGACGUCGUGCUCGACCUCCCCUCCCUCCGCUUCCUCGACCUCCGCUUCAACGAGUUCGAGGGCGCCGUGCCGAGCGCCCUCUUCGACCGCCCGCUCGACGCCAUCUUCCUCAACCACAACCGCUUCCGCUUCCGGAUCCCGGAUAACGUCGGCAACUCGCCCGCCUCCGCGCUCGUCCUCGCGCACAACGACUUCGCCGGAUGCCUCCCCGCCAGCGUCGCCAACAUGUCCGGUACCCUCAACGAGCUCCUGCUCAUCAAUACCGGGCUCAGCUCCUGCCUCCCGCCCGAGAUCGGACGCCUAAGGGAGCUCACCGUGCUCGAUGUCAGCUUUAACAAGAUCGUUGGCCCGCUGCCGCGGGAGGUGGCCGGGCUCAGGAAGCUGGAGCAGCUCGACGUCGCGCACAACCUGCUCUCCGGCCCCAUCCCGCAGGCCGUGUGCGCCCUGCCGCGCCUCAAGAACUUCACCUUCGCCUACAACUUCUUCACCGCGGAGCCGCCCGCGUGCGCGCGCGUCGUGCCACGGGACAGCGACCGGAGCAACUGCCUGCCCAACCGCCCCGCCCAGCGGGCACCGCAGCAGUGCGCCGCCUUCUACUCCCGCCCGCCCGCCAACUGUGCGGCCUUCCGGUGCAAGCCGUUCGUCCCGGCCUCGCCGCCACCGCCAUCUCCGCCCCCGCCUUCUCCACCGCCGCCUUCACCUCCUCCACCCUCACCGUCCCCGCCGCCACCUUCUCCACCACCACCAUCACCACCUCCGCCCUCACCACCCCCGCAUUCACCUCCGCCACCAAAGCCAGUCCACCAUCCACCCCCGCCGCCAAAGCCAGUCCACCAUCCACCCCCGCCGCCAAAGCCAGUCCACCAUCCACCCCCGCCGCCAAAGCCAGUCCACCACCACCCGCCGCCGCCCCCUCCCGCCCCGCAUCCGCAUCCAUCAUGCCCACCCCCGCCACCCUGCGCCUGUCCACCACCACCACCCUAUUACCCCGGCCCAUUGCCACCAGUCUCACAUGCUUCAUAUGGAUCACCACCACCGCCACCAUAUAAUCCCGACCCAUGGCCACCAGUUACCUGGGCAGAAUAUGGAUCACCGCCACCGCCUCUACGGCAAUGAAGGAUUUAUUCUUCGCAGAAAACAUAUCUCAAGGAAUACAUGGUUUUGCUCUUGCGGCGGUGGAUACCAGGUUCAACAAUUUACGUGGUCAUUGUCAUGCUUAGCUGCUAGUGUUCUUGAUUGAUGGCUGCUGUCGUGAAGCCAGUCGCAAGGUGCGCAAAACUUUUCUCCACUAUGAUUUAUCGGCGUUUCGAGGCAAUUUGUGUUGUGGGUGUUGAAAGGGAUUGGAGCUCGAAGAUUGACAUACAGAUUGAUGGCCAAUUGGGUUGUGAAUAAUAAGAGUUUGAGAGGGACAGAAGAGAGGAUUUGGGAGUGGAUUUGUUUGUAGGUGCAGAGCAGGGAUACAUGUGAGAUGUAUAGAGAAGAAGCAUAAGUUCAGUUCAGUUUAGUUAAAUUCAGUCAGGCAUAAGUUAAGUUUAGAACAAGAAACAUCUGAGUGUCAUUUCUUCGUUCUGUAUCCCAGUUACUUCUGGUUACUCAAUUCUUAUAUUAUUUAGUCAGCAUUUUUUGAACUU